AUGAGCUCGCAGCGCUAUCAAAGGGUAAACGCCCACGAUGAAGAUGAACAACCGCAAUCACAAUCGUCAAUUCCUCUCCGGGGAACACCAAACUCCCCCCCUCCCUCAUUUCGCUCUCGUUCCACCUCUCCAUCAUCCAGACGCCUUCUCCAUGACGACCCCCUAAACGACGAUGCAGACCAGACGCUGGCUGACGCAUUUGAUGACGAGAGUGACUCCGAAGCGGAUGAGCCAGAUGACCGUCAGCGACUAAUGCGGGCUCAGCCGGGAUCGCGACCAGUGGCAGAUGGCAGCAGUGCGACCGCUAGUUCUUCAUCUGGAGUUGGUAAUGAACGGCAACAGUCCAGUGAGCAGCAUGGUGGGAUGCAAAGGAGGCAGACAAUACUACCUAGUUUCAGUACUGGUAGCCGAGUGAUCCGUUCGACGAAUGACGGUGUCUUUGCAAACCUGGCGGCUAAGCCGGAGCGUGGGGAGAAAACUGAAGACCUCCCUCCGUCCUAUGAAGAGGCGGCUGCUGACGCUACCCCUCCGUACUGGGAGACUACGAUUUUGGCCCCCGGGAUCUCAUCCGACGAGGUGUACGUGGAUGGGUUGCCAGUGGGGUCCGUCUUUUCAUUUGUCUGGAACGCUAUGAUCUCCAUGUCCUUCCAACUGGUCGGUUUUCUCCUGACCUACCUUCUCCAUACUACGCAUGCAGCGAAGAAUGGAAGUAGGGCUGGUCUCGGUCUUACCCUCGUACAAUACGGAUUCUACAUGAAAGGCGGAAGUGAUACGAAACCAGACGAUGGUACAGACCAAUACGUGACACCUCCAGAUCCCAACAGUCAUAAUUUCGACCCCAGCACCGUAACCGAUGGAUCUGGGAGUGACGGCGGCGGUGGCGGUGUAUCUGGGAUCUCCACGAGUGAAUGGAUUUCAUACGUUCUCAUGAUUGUUGGUUGGUUUAUCUUAAUCCGCGCUAUCAGCGACUUUCUACGGGCCCGACGCCACGAGCAGCUGGUGCUGCAAAGUCCUGACCGAGGCCUUCCUGUGCCGAUCAUUGCGACAAAUGAAAGAACAGAGACCGUUGUUUAA